AAACUUGCUAACUCCUGAAAAUGAUUUUUCAUAUGUAAAAGGAAAAGGAAGUAAUUUCUAAAUUAAAGUUUGUUAAUGCCACAAGCAAUGUAGUCCAUACUUGUAGUGAUUGGAUAAUUAACUGUGCACCUCUUUUAUCUUUCUGAUCCAUUGACUCAUUAGAGUGAAGGCUCUAGGGGAAUACCCAGAGAAUUUUGCUGUUUUUCUUGUCAAAUUUUUGUAUUCUUUAAAUUCUUGUAAUUUAUUUAUUUAUUUAUUAUUAUUUUUUUUUAAUUUUAUGUUGAUGUUUAGUGGUUUAGUAUAUGAUCUUUUACUAUAUGUAAAAUUGCAGCUUCCUACCCUUUGGGAAUACAACAGAAGGAGCAUGCUUAAUCUUGUUCUGACCCUUGUGCAGACAGGAGUACAUAGAAGGAUCUUUUCAUCAGAUACUGGGAGGCCAUUGCCCUGCACUAUUCCUAGUAAGGGAAUAAAUUACACACUGAAAACAAGCCAAGAAUUUGCAGAUUACCAUCGAUUGCUCCCUCUUGUAGGGAGAUACAAAGCCGUGGCAACUGCCCCUGGAUACAGGUCAAAGACCACAUCUAUCUGGUUGGAAGAAGCAGCCACAACAGUUGAUUUUAUUCUUGAUCCUGAAGUCACUCCCGAAGGGAACUUACUACGAAGUGCCUGUGAAAGUUAA